AUGUCACAACAGCAAAUGUCACAGCAGCAGGUCUCCCUGUCACAGCAGCACAUGCCACAGCAGCAAAUGUCACAGCAGCAGAUGCCACAACAGCAGAUGAUGUCUCAGCAGCAAAUGCAAGGGCAGAACUACACAACGCUGCUGCCACUGCCACAGCCACAGCCAGAGCCACAGCCAGAGCCACAGCAACAGCCAGAGCCACAGCUACAGCCACAGGCACAGCUACAGCCACAGGCACCGCUACAGCCACAGGCACAGCUACAGGCUCAGCUCCUGUCACAGCUACAGGCUCAGACAGAGCAGCUACCACCACACAGAAUCCAGCAGCUCUCCUCGCAGCUACAGCCGCUGGUACAGCCACAAUUGCCUCAAAGCGAGGCUGAAGCGGCUGGUGCAGGGCGUGGGACUAGUAGUAGGCGCACCAGAAUGGCGCGCAGCCGCAACUACAACCAGCCAGGGCAGUACCGGGGAGUGAGGAAGCGAGGGGAGUUUCGUUACAUUGCUGAGAUUAAAGACACAAAAAGUGGAGUCCGCAGGUGGUUAGGCACGUUCCCUUCAGCAGAGGAGGCUGCUCGGGCCUUUGACGAAGCUGCUUUGACUAUCCGAGGAGCAAAGGCAAACCUUAACUUCCCAAAGAGGCAUAUUCAGAAAGGGGGAGCGAUAGUAGAUUCGGAUUGUGCAGCGCUAUUAGAAACAGCAGCUAAGAUGGAAUCAGCAGAAACGGAUGCAAGGAAGGGUGGCGGAGAAGAUGGUGUGGGAGUUGUAAGAGAGAUUGGGGAUGGAGGAAGUACUAGGAGCAGUGGAGGGAAAGGAAAGGAGGUAGGGCUUGGUAAGGAUGCUGUGGAAGAGGCUGUGGACGGUGAGAGGGAGUGGAGCGCUUUACUAGCAGAGCACUUUGCACAGCAGCUGGGGGCAAUUGACGAAACCGAUGGGGCUGGAGGGAGUGGGGUUGGUGAUACUGCGAAAGGCAAGGAGAGGCAAGGAGUGGGGUCAGUGGAAGAACGGGAGAUGCCUUCAGAGGAAGAAAGCAGUGGAAGCAGAGAGACUGUUGACGGUGAAGGUGCGAUAGAGGAGGAGGGUGAGAUGGAGGUGGUGAGUGCGAUGGAGACAAGGACGGGAAUAGACAAGCAUGUGUUGGCAGGGCAGCAAUCGUUGGCUAGUCCCCAAACAGCAGGGCUGCCAGUCCCAAGCGAACCACAAGCCGUUUCAUGGGGUUUCAGUGUCGUGGUGUCCGGGGGGGUUAUGGCGCCUGGUCAGGAUCAUUCCCUGCCUGAAGCAAGAGAGGAGAUGGAGGUACCCGGCAUGGCAGGUUCAGCUUUAAAAACGCCUUCAAGUUGGCAUGCUCAAACGAUGCAGCAUGCGCCUGCCAUGAUGUCCCCAUUUGGGUCCCUUCAGAGGGAUGAUCGUGGCAUGCGUGGAAUGGGUGUUGCUGGACCUACGGAUGAUUUACCUUCUCCAGCUGCUGGUGUUGUUGGUGGCGCUGCUGGUGCUGCACGCGUUGGUGGUGUUGCAGGUGUGGCUGGUGUUGCUGGUGUGGCUGGUGUUGCUGGUGUUGCAGGUGUCUCUGGUGUUGCUGGUCCUGAUGUGUCCGAGCAGAAUUCUACUAUCCCUCUCCGCAGGGUGAGGAGAUCACAGUCGCAUGAUCCGGGACCAAUGGGAGCAAGACAUGUGGACAGCACAAUGCCGCUUGCAUCAACACUGCAGCCCAUAAUUCCACCCAGCAAGUACGCUCAAGAGCUGCACAAGCGAUUGCACAAGCGGCCUUGUGUCCCUUCUUCCCUUGCCACACCACCCACCAACUCUGAUGGUGCGGCCAGCUUGCAUGGAUUCAGCAACACAGAGAAGUGUGGGGCUGACGCCUCAGAGCGUGAUUCCUUGGAGCAUGGUGGCUCUAAGAACUUCAACGUCUCCAAGACUGGUGAUGCUGGCAGCAGUGGUGGAGAUGUUGUAAUGCAAGAUCCUGCAAUAGAGGACUUCGAGCCUGCAUACAAUGCUGGUGCUAUUGACCAACCUACUGCUGAGCACCUUUGUUCUGCCCAGCAGCAUAUCGUGGCAGACUUGAGCCUUCCUCUUCCUCACCACUCAGCCAACCUAUUGCUCCUGAGGGACGCGGAACACUCAGCACUUGCUGCCUGGGGCCUCACCUCCCCAUCCUCUCGCAUCCACGGGGCAGCCUGUCACAGCUUCGAGAAUCCUAUCAAAGGGGCCCCCUUGACGGAGCACUUGGGAGUCAACAGGGUAGGUUUGGAGGUUUGGGGACAGGGGACUGACGCAGGAGCGUUGUCGCAUCCAGGGGAUUUCGAGAAUGGAGCAUCGCCUAUCCCUGGUGCUGGAACCUACACUAUUGAUGCGUUGGAGAGGUUCUUGAUGGAUAACGGGGAGCAUAGGGAAUAA